GUUUUGUGUUACAUGCAUCCUUUUUUGUGAUAGUAUUUUAGGUUGUCAUGAUGUAUUUAUAUGUAUAUAUUUUGUCUAUAUUUUACAGCCUGUAUGACAAAACAAAAUCUGUGUAGUUUAGCAGUAAACAGAAGACUUACAUAUUGACCACUUCCAUCUGUAUGAAAGUGCAAUAAUAAUGCCAAGCACACAAAUGUUGUACAUCAAUAUAUAAACUGUACAUUUUAACCAUGAUAACCAGAGAUUCAUUUUUUAUAUUGGAUGUUUCUUAAAAGGUGUAGAUGGACAAAACAAAUUAUCAGUUAUCUUUCUUACACACGUGCUGUUGUUUUUGCAAUUAAAAUAAGAUAAUCUGCGAGAUAAAUUCAAUUAACAUUUAUAGGUCGUUAAUGUUUCCUGUUGAAUAAAGAGCUCGGUAUACAGAAGUAAAUGUAAUGUCUAAUUAAGCGCGAAAAUCACUAUGUGACGAAUAUCAUUAACGAGUUAUUUAUUUGCACAUUUAUUCGUAUCGUAUUAAACCGUAAAGAGGUCUUUAUUUUUAAAUCCCCCGCUGAUCUGCGCCAUUAUAUCCGAGGCCACCCGAACGAACCGGAAACACUGGUCUCCAUGGACACUGCGAGGCACAAACUUUUCUUCGGUUGAUCUCAGUUUUUCUAAAAACAUGACUGGAGAUAGCGACUACAGCAAAUACGACUUGGCACGCCUGCAAGCAGAACUUGAGCAAGAGAGGGAGAUUAAAGAGAUGCUUGAAGAGUCCGUGUCAGAUCUGCGGAGUACCAUGUGCGAACUGCAAGAAAGACUGCACAGUGUUGACGGGGAAGGAAAUGAGUGGAAGACAAGGUAUGAGACACAGAUCGAGCUAAAUGGACAGUUGGACAGACAGAUGUCACUCAUUCAUGAGAGACUGGAGGACCUACGAGGAAACCCCAUGGAUCGAUUGGCCUCCAUCCGAUCCUAUGAUGACAUGUCAGCAGAAACGCUGAGACAGCGUCUGAAGCUCCUGACGGAAGAGAAGUCUGACCUGCAGAGUCAGCUGAUGGACUGUCGUGGCAGAAUCGAACAGGAGGGAAAGGCAUUUCAUAAAACCAAUGAUGAGAGGCGGGCAUACCUUUCAGAAAUUGCUAAGCUGUCCUCCACCCUUGAAGCCCAAAGAAGACAGUACUCCACCCAGCCACAGAGGGCAGCAGAGAGCAAACAGAGGAGAGGGAGGCAGACCAGCAGGAAGGCAGAGGCUGGUUCUAAGAAAGGAAAAGAGAGAGAAGAAGAAGAUGGAGGAGGAGAUUGUGUGAAAGAAGGAGGAGGUGGUGGAGCAACAGCAGAGAGGGAAGAAGAAUAUAAUUCCAAGAGGGAAAGCGGGUUACCCACACUAAAGUAUACUACCUGAAACACAAUCCUUUAAAAAAAACAGGUUAUCUGACUUUGUUUACAUUUCUCAAAAGAUGAUUGUGAGGAAGGUUAUU